GAUGCUCUGAGUGUGGGAAAUGCUUCAAUCAGAGCUCCACCCUUAUCACACAUUAUAGAAUCCACACAGGAGAAAGGCCCUACACAUGCAGUGAGUGUGGGAAAAGCUUUAGUCAGAGCUCAGACGUUAUCAAACAUAGGAAAAUCCACAUGGGUGAGAAACCUUAUGGAUGCUCUGAGUGCGGGAAAUGCUUCACCGAUAGUUCAGCCCUCAUCUCACAUUGUAGAAUCCACACAGGAGAAACGCCCUACGCAUGCUCCGAGUGUGGGAAAAGCUUUAGUCGCAGCUCUGCCCUGAACACACAUCAUAGAAUCCACACGGGAGAGAAACCCUACACAUGCUCUGAGUGUGGGAAAAGCUUUAGUCACAGCUCUACCCUGAACACACAUCGUAGAAUCCACGCAGGGGAGAUGCCCUACACAUGCGCUGAGUGUGGGAAAAGCUUUACUCAGCGCUCACACCUUAUCAGACAUCAGAGAAUCCACACAGGGGAGAAGCCCUACACAUGCUCUGAGUGCGGGAAAAGCUUCAGUCGGAGCUCUAUCCUGAUCAUGCAUCGUAGAAUCCACACAAGGGAGAUGCUCUACACAUGCUCUGAGAGCGGGAAAAGCUUCAGGCACGGCUCAAAUGUUGUCUCACAUAGGAGAAUCCACAUGGGAGAGAGUGCGAGAAAAGCUUCAAUCAGCGCUCAAACCUCAUUAGAUAUCAGAAAAUCCACAUGAGAGAGAAUUGUAAAAAAUCCCUUGACUAGGGUUGGCCAAAACAUUUUUUU